CUCGCGCCCGCCGCUUAGCACUCGGGCGCCGCUCGCUUCUCCCGGCAUCGCGGAAAUAUCGCCGCAGACGGACACAAUGGCGGCGACUGCCGCCACCACAGCCGCCACCGCCGGCACGGCCGUCCGCAGCAGCAGCAGCAGCAGCAGCAGCAGCGCCGGCACCGACGCCGCGGGCACCAGCAGAUUGCAGCAACCGCCGCCGCAGCAGCAGCCCCAGCCCGCGGCCCCAGCGCCGGCCCAGCCGCCGCCGCCCGAGCCCCCCAGGAAGCCGCGCAUGGACCCGCGGCGCCGCCAGGCUGCCCUCUCCUUCCUCACCAACAUCUCGCUGGACGGCCGGCCGCCGCUGCAGGAUGAGGAGUGGGCUGGCGGCGAGGAGAGCGGUGCGGCCAAGUCGGGCGCCGGCAGCGCCUGCGGCGCGAGGACUCGACUCAGCCUGCUAGCCGCCGCCGAGCGGGGCGGCUGCAGCGCGCUCGCCGCGGCGGGCACGGCGGCGGCGUUGGCAGCUGGAUCUGGCUCCUGCUUCCCGCCGCCCUCGCCGCUACCACUCCUGGCCUCCGGCGGCCAUGCGGCCGUGCUCGGCCCCGGGGCGGCCCGAGGGUUCGCUGGCCCCUUGGGCGCGGGCCGGGCGUCGGGGGAGCAGUUGCAGACGCCCCGGCUCGCGCCUCUAGCCGCCUGCGCUCAGCUGCAGCUGCCCGACGGGCCUGGGGGCGCCGGGCAGGAGGAGUUGGAGGAGGACGAUGCCUUUACCAGCGUACAGGUGCCGGCGGCUGCCUUCUUGGGCUCUGGGACCCCCGGGAGUGGGAGCGGCAGUCGAGGCCGCCUCAACUCGUUCACUCAGGGAAUCCUGCCCAUCGCCUUCUCCAGGCAGACCUCGCAGAACUACUGCUCCCUGGAGCAAGCGGGCCAGGGGGGCAGCACCAGCGCCUUCGAGCAGCUGCAGAGGUCCCGACGUCGCCUCAUCUCCCAGAGAUCGUCCUUGGAGACCCUAGAAGAUAUUGAGGAGAACGCCCCUCUACGGAGAUGUCGAACACUCUCAGGUUCGCCCAGACCAAAGAACUUUAAGAAGAUUCAUUUUAUCAAGAACAUGCGGCAACAUGAUACGAGGAAUGGCAGAAUAGUCCUUAUCAGUGGCAGAAGAUCCUUCUGUAGUAUAUUUUCAGUGCUGCCAUAUCGCGACAACGCCCAAGUUGGGGAUUUGAAGUUGGACGGAGGGAGACAAUCAGCAGGAGCCGUGAGCUUGAAGGAGAUCAUCGGCCUUGAAGGCGUGGAGCUGGGAGCCGACGGGAAGACUGUUUCUUAUACCCAGUUUCUGCUACCCACGAAUGCCUUUGGAGCGCGGAGAAACACCUUAGACUCCACGGCCUCCUGCCCCCAGCUCCGUGCCCUGAGCCACCGCAGCCUCUCCGUAGGGCGGGCAGGCAGCACCCAGGGCGGCCUCGACACAGGCAGCGACCUGGGAGACUUUAUGGACUAUGACCCAAAUCUCCUGGAUGACCCCCAGUGGCCUUGCGGCAAGCACAAACGAGUUCUGAUCUUCCCUUCGUACAUGACCACUGUCAUCGACUAUGUGAAGCCCUCAGAUCUCAAGAAGGACAUGAAUGAGACCUUCAAGGAGAAGUUCCCUCACAUUAAGUUAACACUCAGCAAAAUAAGGAGCCUAAAGCGAGAGAUGCGGAAGCUCGCCCAGGAGGACUGUGGCUUCGAGGAGCCCACGGUGGCCAUGGCCUUUGUCUACUUUGAGAAGCUCGCCCUCAAGGGAAAGCUCAACAAACAGAACCGGAAGCUUUGUGCCGGGGCAUGUGUGCUCUUAGCAGCCAAAAUUGGAAGCGACCUCAAGAAACACGAAGUCAAGCAUUUAAUUGACAAACUGGAAGAGAAGUUCCGGCUGAACAGACGAGAACUGAUUGCCUUUGAAUUCCCGGUGUUGGUGGCCUUGGAAUUUGCCCUUCAUCUGCCAGAGCACGAAGUCAUGCCCCAUUACAGACGCCUGGUCCAGAGUUCCUAGCACAGGCCUCCGAGGAGGGCCAGGGGCCACUUCCUCUGGGCGCGGGCGAGCAGCACUUACUGCUGGAAAGGCAAAAAUAGAACUCGGCUGACCAAACGUUUUUCCUCUCGACAUGUUUUUGUGUAGACGCAGUACCGGGAGCUUUUCAGGGAGUCUUGUGUCUGGCCAGCAGAGAUGAGCCAUGAACUGUUAACUGCUCAGCAAGGAACGGGAGCCCCGUGCAGAAGACCACUCUCCCAGCUCUCCGCGAGCAAGACUUCCUCGCUGUCCCCACCCCGGGCUUCCUCGCGGCCACACGCAGGCCUUGCAGGCUUGUCCCCGGGUCUUCUCUCCAGAUCCAUUCCAACCCAGAGCGUGAAGCCCUAGAGCAGAGGAGGGGAAGGGAAUUUGCAGAAGUUGGAGGAGAGCUUCUGGAAGAUACGCUCCCUAUGUCAAAAGAGCGUGCCAAUUUAUUUUUGUAUCCGCUGUUGGAAGUGCACUUUCCCCUGGGGCGUGUGGAUGAGCGAGUGUGCGAGUGUGUGUGUCUGAGAGAGGCCACGUCAGCCUGCCACCCCCAAGGCCAGCCCCACCCUCUACAGAGAGACCUCAGCCUGGGGUGUGGGGCCAGGCUGACCUUCGGCAAUUAUUUCUAGACAAUCUCUGGAUAAGCACCACUCUCUGCAUAACCUCCUCUGCCCUUAGCAAAUGCCAUUGUUUCUGUUACUGCUCCUACUGCCACCAACGGGGCAGAGACCAGCUCUCACGGGCGGACGCAGCAGGGAACUCUGUCCCUUUCCGCUGUCACGCCCUGUGCGUCCAGCGCACCUGCGCACUUUCCCCACUGUGGAGACACUGGCUGGGCUCGUGGUGUGUAUUCCUGUGCUCUAUGUUAGAGCGCACCAUAGGCACAUUUAUUGUGCUGGAGAUAUACAUAUAUAUAUAUAUAUAUAAAGUGUUUUAUAAAAAUCCAGAAUAGGGGUAAGACGCAUGAUUGGUGUUUUGAGGCUUUUGACAGCUGGGACAAACUGUGUCUUGAGCCGAGGUUGAAAGGCAGUGACUCACCAUCGCCACGUCCUCAGGGCUGUUAGUGCAGAGUUCUCAUUGUAACUUGUACCGACUCGCUGGGACCACCCGUAGGGAGGCACCUCACCGCGCUGCCACCUCGUAGCUGCAAGACAGUGGUGCCCGCUGGGGUUCACCUGAUUGAAGGAAGCCUGUGGCCCCUGUAAAAAGAGAAUUAAAAGAUUUUAUUGUUUCUGUG